CGAAUGUGUUGAAGCCAAAGCUGGGCUUCAAAACUAGCAGCGACGCUACGCGGUUUGGAACCCCGCAGUCUGCAACGCUGUCAAGGCUGCGGUUUUUUUUGGAGCCGCCAAUCAGAUGGCAGAUCCCACCGCGCUGCCGCCUUGGAAGCCUCUGCGGCCUGGGGCAGGCGUCGGGGUGGGGCGUCCACUUUGCUUGCCCAGGCAGUUCGCUGCCUGAUUAAAACGUCCUCUGCGCCCACUUUUCCGUCCUGCUUUCUCUUUCUCUCACCAAACCACUCACAACAACCAAUUUUCAAAACAACCCAAGGCAUCUACCAAGAUGCGUUAAAUCACCCCCUCCCCUCGUCGGAACUGCUCUUUGAGCCUCGUCAACAUUUCUUCUUUUAAGAAUUUUAACAAUCUCCCCUCUCAACCCCCCCCUUCAGCUCUACCUUCACAGGUUGAACUGAACUACAGCACCCAGCUUUCCAGCUCGCGCUCCGGUUCACAUCCCACCACCGCCAUUCCCGGCCCAGACUUUUCAGUCUUCACCACGGAUUCACAUCAGUCAUCAUGGACUCCCUCCAGUACCUCGAGCCUGCCGGCACAUUCCGCGCAUCAACAGCCCCCACAGAAUCUCAGCUUGCCCCAACAGGACUUCGUCUUGUUCGAUUCGCCGAUCAAUCAUCGUCCACAUAGUAGCCGUACUACAUCGCAACCUUCUGCCCACGGAGGUGUAAAUCAACCACAGCAAUAUCGUAAUCAGCCGCUCUUCCCGCAGCAGAUCCCAUCGCCAUCACUGCAGAAUCAGCGAGUUGCGAACAUCAUCCAGGCAACCGGCCACUCCACGACUUCAUCGGCAUUCACCAAUCGGUUUACUACACAGAACUCGCGCCCAUCGCCGCAACAGUUCUACGCCUCGUCCGCUCCAUCUUCGUCUGUUGCUUUGAACAUUCCCAAGCAACGCCAGCACCGCCCACCCGUUCCUCUGUUUCCACAAGGUCCCGGCGGCGUGCCACCAGGCAAGAUGAACAUUCAAGACCUGGAUUUGGACGACUUCACCGCCUUUGAGGGCGGUGCGUCUACCACGUACUCGUCGCCAGCUCUCCCGACUGUCUUCGAUCUGAGCUCCAGCGUCUCGAGCACGGGGCAAAACCUGGCCACCGUCUCUCCUCAAGAGCUCAUGAUGAACGAGCCCUUCAUGUCAGCACCCAACUCCACUGCUUUCACCGCUUUGACUUCGCCAUCGCUGUAUAACGGUUCCCCCGAUUUCUGCGACAGCUAUGAGACCUCUCCUCACUUUGGAGGAGGUGGUGAUUUUGACUCCAACCCGGACAACUGGUUCCCCCUUUUCCCAACAACCAACACGGAACCAGAAGCCCCCAAGGAGGCGCUUGUUGGGCCUAAGCCUGAACAGUCCCCAGUAAUUACCGCCGAGGAACUCGAAGUCAAGUCGCCGGCAUCGGGACAUCGUCGCAAGUCAAGCACUUCUCCACCAACCCGCCACUCCUCCAUCGCCGGUGUCAACUCUCGCCGCCGCGACAAGCCCCUUCCUCCCAUCAUUGUCGACGAUCCCACGGAUACAGUCGCGAUGAAGCGUGCUCGCAACACUCUUGCGGCUCGCAAGUCUCGGGAGCGCAAGGCCGCUCGCUUGGAUGAGCUUGAGGAGAAGAUUGAGAAGCUCUCUGCUGAGCGUGAUCAUUGGAAGCAAUUGGCUUUGCAACUAGGUGCAAAGGAGUAAAAUUGGUGCUCAGGAGUAAACCAACCAAAAAAAUAAUAGGCAAUCGGCUUCGUCGUACGGCACAUUAUCCCCCAUUGUAAUGGACAUUGGGGAGGGGAUUUCAUCGGAUUCUCAUUUUUCUUUUUCUGUCUUUUCUAUGGUUUUUUACUUGGGAAGCCGGUCGUCAGCUUUGUCAGCGGACCAGGCAAUGUUAUUUGUCGUUCAGUAUCUGGUCUCCUUGGAAGGAAAUAACUAGUUGUUUUUUGACGAUUCCCCUUGACCUUUCCGGUUCAUUGUGUUCUUAUAGACUCAAUUAAACCCUAUGAACUUGUGCUCCUGAUUUCUCUGGCGUGACUAUCUUUGACAGAAGUUUUUGUGACUGAGAUAGUAUGUGGUACUGUUGGUGACUGCUCUCGUAAGUGAUACUCUCACACCUUUUGUCUCCUGACUGCUUCGUGACACGGGACAAGCUUUCAAGAAUAUGUUGCUGAUGCAUUCGCUUCCAACUAUUUCCACUGUAAAGCAGAUGCCUGAUGAGCCUCGUUCUUCCACCAGUCCAGGUAGCUUCUCCGAUGGACUUUGCGCAAGGCAACUGUGGUGUGGUGUGAUGUCUCCGAUUUGGAAACAGAUGGUUGCCUAGGCUAUCU